GACUGCUUCCCAAGGCCUGGCCACUUGGGCACUGGCUACGGGAGCCAAGUGAGGUGACCUCCGGCUUGUCUAGGCAAUGCCACUUAGUCUGGUGGUUUCCAGAAGGGCAGAAUCCCCACCAGAAGUACCCUGUUCCAAGACCCCAGACUGCAAGGUCUGGGGCCAGGAGUUUCCAUGUCCCAGCAGGGUUAGGGUUGCCUUGACAUCACCCUGGGGCUGCAGGUGGGGUAGGGCUGGAAACUCCCAGACAAAAUGGUUGAUUUGCAUGGUCUCCUUUGGCAGGAGGUGGGCGGAAGUGGGGAGAGCUGCUAGGAACCAGGGUGAGGGGAAGGCCCCCCAAGCCUGGAAGUCCCCACACAGAGGGUCCCAGAGCAACACCUUGGUUCUUGAGCAGAUUUCCUGCUGGGCUCUGAAUCCUUGACCUCCCCACCCGGCUGAGUCACCACCUCAGGAAGAGGAAGUGACCUGGGUGGUAGAGGAGAGCUUCUAGGGACCAAGGAGUCCUGACACCCAAGAGAAAGGGGACUUGGGACCUUGUUGUCUUGAGCGCUGCCUCUCCCUGAGUCAGUGGCUGAGGACCCCACCACUAAUACUCCCAGCAGGUUCCUGUUCUUUCAGCUACCGCAGGGUCCUAGCAGCCCAUUUCCUCUCUAGAGGUGUCUGCCCACUGCGUGUGGAAGCAUGGACCCUCCAAGCGUGUUCUCACUGCCUCUUUGGGAUGGUUCUGAGCUGGGCAAUAAGACUGGUGGGCUGGCUGGUGAACCAAGGAGAGGCUCCCAAGGUGGGGGCAGCUGGAAAUAGGCAGGUUGCCCCGUCGAAGCCUUCCUGGUCUCCCUCCCCCAGCUGAGGUCAGGCGCACUUUAACCCUUAGGUCACUGCCCCCCACCCUCCACCCCGCACCCCACGUUGCACCAGGAGGGCAAUAUCUCAGGCAGGCUUUGUCUCAGCAGCCUCCUGGGCUCCAUUCUCAUAGGUCUGCCCCUGGCCUUUUCACUCAGGUGACUGGCACCUGCUCCCUGUUCGUGAGCACAUGUCACUGCUCCCCACCCUAUCCCCUAAGAGGCAACCACAGCGCUGUGUUCCCAGAGCUCCAUCCCUGUCCUUUCACCCAUCUCGGAGGCUCCUGGCCUGGUGCCAGGAAGCCCCUUCACUGUUUGUUUAAAAACUGCACCCACCAGGAAUCGGUUUUCCUGCCUCCCAUCCCCAAGGUUUUCCAGGUCUCUUCCGGGGACUGUGAGUGCUAGAGGAGGACGGGGAUCUCUGGGAUCUGGGGCAGACCCCUGAGGGGCAAAGGGGGGAGGUGUGAGAUGGGAAAGUCCUGACUCAUCUGUACUUGACUCAGCUUGUCCUGCUGCUGGGUGGGAGCGAGGGGGUGGAGUCCUAGAGGGGAGGGCAACUCCAAGAUUCUUCUAGAGAGGAGGCUCGCCUGACGGGGUACCCUGGAGAGGACUAAUUUUCUAACAGCCCCUUCCCAAAUUAUUAGAUGUCCUGAUAUUUGAAGCUGUAAACAGAGGAAAGUGGGUGGCCUUUGCCCUGCCCCAACCCCGGGAGGCUGGGUCCGGUGACCUGCGGCGUGUGGGAAGCCCAUCUGUCUGGUGCAGGCUCAGAUGAGCUGUCAUGACUUGAGGGGAGGACACUGCAGUGUAGAGGAAACACCAGGGGAAUGGGGUCUUGGUGCUGCCAUGUAACGGUCAUGUGACCCAGGGGCCUGUCACUUCCUUUUCCCCGAUCUCAGUUUCCUCACAGUGAAAUGGGGAUAAUAAUGCUGUCGUGGCAGAUGAUUGGUAGUUUUGAGGAUCAGCAAGGUGGUGAAGGUGGAAGCCUGAGACCCAGUCCCUGCUCCAGUACCGAGUACCUGGCUGGGCCCUGGGCACGCACAGGGGCCGUAGCCCCACUGUGUGUGGGAACCAUGAGGAUCCUGGCUAACAAGACAAGGUUACCCCACCCUAGGAGGAGAGAAGCUCCAGGGAGCCCGCCGCUGUCCCCCCGCGGCCACUGCCCCCCUGCCCCAGCCAAGCCAAUGCACCCAGAAAAUAAGUUGACCAAUCAUGGCAAGACAGGGAAUGGCGGGGCCCAAUCCCAGCACCAGAAUGUGAACCAAGGACCCACCUGCAACCUGGGCUCGAAGGGCGUGGGGGCGGGGAACCAUGGGGCCAAGGCCAACCAGAUCUCACCUAGCAACUCAAGUCUGAAGAACCCCCAGGCAGGGGUGCCCCCUUUCAGCUCGCUCAAGGGCAAAGUGAAGAGGGAGCGGAGCGUGUCUGUGGACUCCGGAGAGCAGCGAGAGGCUGGGACACCGUCCCUGGAUUCGGAGGCCAAAGAAGUGGCACCCCGGAGUAAGCGGCGUUGUGUGCUGGAGCGGAAGCAGCCAUACAGUGGAGACGAAUGGUGCUCAGGACCGGACAGCGAGGAGGAUGACAAGCCCAUUGGGGCCACCCACAAUUGUAAUGUAGCAGACCCAGCCAUGGCGGCCCCACAGCUGGGUCCUGGCCAAGCCGCCCAACUGCCCCUCAGUGAGAGCAGCGCACCAGGCCCCCCGCAUGGGCCCCCGCCAGGCCUCCGGCCCGACGCCCCCGGGGGUGGAGGCGGGGGUGUCCCGGGAAAGCCUCCCUCACAGUUUGUGUAUGUCUUCACCACCCACCUGGCCAACACGGCUGCGGAGGCAGUGCUGCAGGGCCGGGCCGACUCCAUCCUCGCCUACCACCAGCAGAACGUGCCCCGUGCCAAGCUGGACCAGGCCCCCAAAGUGCCACCCACCCCAGAACCGCUACCCCUGAGCACGCCAUCAACAGGCACCCCUCAGUCCCAGCCUCCUCCACUGCCGCCACCGCCACCCCCAGCCCCAGGCAGCGCCCCCCCUGCUCUGCCUUCCGAGGGGCCUCCUGAGGACACCAGUCAGGACCUGACACCCAACUCGGUGGGAGCUGCCAGCACGGGUGGUGGCACUGGGGGUACCCACCCUAAUACCCCUACGGCUUCCACCGCCAACAACCCGCUGCCUCCUGGAGGAGAGCCCAGCAGCGCUCCCGGCCCUACCCUGCUUGGGGAGGCCCCCACUGGCAAUGGGCAGCGGAGCCUGGUGGGCUCAGAGGGCCUGUCCAAGGAGCAGCUGGAGCAUCGGGAGCGCUCCCUCCAGACGCUGCGAGACAUUGAACGGCUGCUGCUCCGCAGCGGGGAGACUGAGCCCUUCCUCAAGGGGCCCCCUGGAGGAGCGGGCGAGGGGGGACCACCAGCACAAGCCCCUCCCGCCCCCCAGCAGCCACCCACGGCCCCGGCCAGCGGGCUGAAGAAGUACGAGGAGCCCUUGCAGUCCAUGAUUUCGCAGACACAGAGCCUCGGGGGCCCCCCGCUGGAGCAUGAAGUGCCUGGGCACCCCCCGGGUGGGGACAUGGGGCAGCAGAUGAACAUGAUGAUGCAGAGGCUGGGCCAGGACAGCUUGACACCUGAGCAGGUGGCCUGGCGCAAGCUGCAGGAAGAGUACUACGAGGAGAAACGGCGGAAGGAGGAGCAGAUCGGGCUGCAUGGGGGCCGCCCACUGCAGGACAUGAUGGGCAUGGGGGGCAUGAUGGUGAGGGGACCACCGCCUCCCUACCACAGCAAGCCUGGCGAUCAGUGGCCCCCCGGGAUGGGAGCCCAGCUGCGGGGGCCCAUGGAUGUCCAAGAUCCCAUGCAGCUCCGGGGUGGACCACCCUUCCCCGGUCCCCGUUUCCCAGGCAACCAGAUGCAACGGGUGUCUGGGUUUGGGGGCAUACAGGGUAUGCCCAUGGAGGUGCCCAUGAAUGCCAUGCAGAGGCCUGUGAGGCCGGGUAUGGGCUGGACUGAAGACUUGCCCCCUAUGGGGGGGCCUGGCAAUUUUGCCCAGAACGCGGUGCCCUACCCAGGCGGGCAGGGUGAAGCCGAGCGAUUUAUGACCCCUCGGGUUCGUGAGGAGCUGCUGCGACACCAGCUGCUGGAGAAGCGGUCGAUGGGCAUGCAGCGCCCCCUGGGCAUGGCCGGCAGCGGCAUGGGGCAGGGCAUGGAGGUGGAACGGAUGAUGCAGGCGCACCGGCAGAUGGAUCCGGCCAUGUUUCCCGGGCAGAUAGCUGGCGGCGAGGGCCUGGCGGGCACUCCUAUGGGCAUGGAGUUUGGUGGAGGUCGGGGCCUCCUGAGUCCCCCCAUGGGGCAGUCUGGGCUGAGGGAGGUGGACCCACCCAUGGGGCCAGGCAACCUCAACAUGAACAUGAAUGUGAACAUGAACAUGAACAUGAACCUGAAUGUGCAGAUGACCCCACAGCAGCAGAUGCUGAUGUCACAGAAGAUGCGGGGGCCCGGGGACAUGAUGGGGCCGCAGGGCCUCAGUCCCGAGGAGAUGGCCCGGGUGCGGGCCCAGAGCGGCAGCGGCAUGAUGGGCGGCCCGCAGAAGAUGCUGAUGCCCUCGCAGUUUCCCAGCCAGGGCCAGCAGGGGUUCUCUGGGGGCCAGGGACCCUACCAAGCCAUGCCCCAGGAAAUGGGCAGUACUCAAGACAUGUUCAGCCCCGACCAGAGCUCAAUGCCCAUGGCCAACGUGGGUACCACCCGGCUCAGCCACAUGCCCCUGCCUCCUGCGUCCAAUCCUCCCGGCUCUGUGCAUUCAGCCCCAAACCGGGGGCUGGGCAGACGGCCUUCAGACCUCACCAUCAGUAUUAAUCAGAUGGGCUCGCCGGGCAUGGGGCAUCUGAAGUCGCCCACCCUUAGCCAGGUACACUCACCCCUGGUCACCUCGCCCUCCGCCAACCUCAAGUCACCCCAGACUCCCUCACAGAUGGUGCCCUUGCCUUCGGCCAACCCGCCAGGACCUCUCAAGUCACCCCAGGUCCUCAGCUCCUCUCUCAGCGUCCGUUCGCCCACCGGCUCGCCCAGCAGGCUUAAGUCUCCCUCCAUGGCGGUGCCUUCUCCAGGCUGGGUCGCCUCGCCCAAGACAGCCAUGCCCAGCCCCGGAGUCCCCCAGAACAAGCAGCCGCCUCUGAACAUGAACUCUUCCAGCACCCUGGGCAACGUGGAACAGAGUGCCCUCCCGCCUAGCGGCCCCCGGAGCAGCUCCUCAGCGCCUCCCGCCAACCCUCCCAGCGGCCUCAUGAACCCCAGCCUGCCAUUCACUUCCUCCCCAGACCCCACGCCUUCCCAGAACCCCCUGUCACUGAUGAUGUCCCAGAUGUCCAAGUACGCCAUGCCCAGCUCCACCCCGCUCUACCACAAUGCCAUCAAGACCAUCGCCACCUCAGACGACGAGCUGCUGCCCGACCGGCCCCUGCUCCCCCCGCCACCACCACCGCAGGGCUCUGGGCCAGGGAUCAGCAAUAACCAGCCCACCCAGAUGCACCUGAACUCAGCCGCUGCCCAGAGCCCCAUGGGCAUGAACCUGCCAGGCCAGCAGCCCCUGUCCCAUGACCCACCGCCUCCCAUGUUGCCCUCCCCCACCCCUCUGGGCUCCAACAUUCCACUGCACCCCAAUGCACAGGGGGCAGGAGGGCCCCCUCAGAACUCGACGAUGAUGGCUCCAGGGGGCCCAGACUCCCUGAAUGCCCCCUGCGGCCCUGUGCCCAGCUCCUCCCAGAUGCUGCCCUUCCCCCCUCGGCUGCAGCAGCCCCACGGUGCCAUGGCCCCUAGUGGGGGCGGGGGCGGGGGACCCGGCCUGCAGCAGCACUACCCUUCAAGCAUGGCCCUGCCCCCAGAGGACCUGCCCAGCCAGCCGCCAGGCCCCCUGCCCCCCCAGCAGCACCUGAUGGGCAAAAGCAUGGCCGGCCGCAUGGGUGACGCAUACCCCCCGGGCGUGCUCCCCGGGGUGGCGUCAGUGCUGAACGACCCUGAGCUGAGCGAGGUGAUCCGGCCCACCCCGACGGGGAUCCCCGAGUUCGACUUGUCCAGGAUCAUCCCCUCGGAGAAGCCAAGCAGCACCCUCCAGUACUUCCCCAAGAGCGAGAACCAGCCCCCCAAGGCCCAGCCCCCCAAUCUGCAUCUCAUGAACCUGCAGAACAUGAUGGCGGAGCAGACCCCCUCCCGGCCCCCCAACCUCCCGGGCCAGCAGGGCGUCCAGCGGGGGCUCAACAUGUCCAUGUGCCACCCCGGACAGAUGUCCUUGCUGGGCAGGACAGGUGUGCCCUCACAGCAGGGCAUGGUGCCCCAUGGCCUGCACCAGGGGGUCAUGGCCCCUCCACAAGGCCUCAUGACCCAGCAGAAUUUCAUGCUGAUGAAGCAGCGGGGAGUGGGCGGUGAGGUCUACAGCCAGCCCCCCCACAUGCUCCCCCCGCAGGGCUCUCUCAUGGGCCCCCCGCCCCAGCAGAACCUCAUGGUGUCCCACCCGCUGCGGCAGCGCAGUGUGUCUCUGGACAGCCAGAUGGGCUACCUCCCGGCGCCGGGUGGCAUGGCCAACCUGCCCUUCUAGCAGUCCCCGUGGGGGGCUGGAGCUGGGGCGAUACUGCAAAUAGGAUAACCUUAAGAAAGUUUCUUCCCCUUCGGUGUUGGGAUGGCCUGGG